UUUCCGCGAAUUUUCGAUCACAAAGUAAUUACGGUUCAUUUUAUGGACCGGUUUACAAUUGUUAUAUGAAAAAGUUUUUCAUUUCCGAAAGCGAAUUUUGUUUCAUGGACUUAUCGACAUUUGAUAUCGGUAUCUCAGAUACGUGCUGGGUCAUGGCCAUUCCGUCCAGGUUCCAAGAUUGAUGUGGUGUAGUGUAAUCGGAUAUCGGUUCCAUUGUUAAGCAAAUGGGGCUUGACCGAGUAUUAUUAAGGGUAAGUUAGUUUCUUUUCUACGAAACCAGUAAUAUGCUCAGGACGUCCUGAAAAUAAAACAGUAUAUUCAUAUUUUCUGCCAACGGCUGCAUCAAGUGGAAUCGAAAUCUCAUAUUUUGGUCAAUUUAUCUCACGAUCGGUUUGAAUGCUGCAAAUGUUCCUAUCCGAGUGAUCUAGUUAGCGAAUUUUUUUAUGUUGUUUUGAGUACAUUCAAAUUGUUCAAACAGCUGCCAUAUGUUGCUCGAGCAUUCUAGCCACACACAACUACAGCCGUAAUGAAAUUUUCACCGAUCUUGGUUCGACGUUCGGCACUACACAAGACCCCGCGGCUCGGAACCGUUUCGAACGCGUUAGUUGAUCAAGCGAUCUUGCACCAUGAUGACGUUGAUCGUAUCGCUGGUACUCGUGUCAUUUUGUGCACAACUCAGCGAGGGAUCUUUUUCGUUGCUGAGCGAACCACGACAGACCUGUGCCGGGUAUGCGGGCAUUGCCGAUGCGAUUGACGCACUCACCCAAUCCCUUGCCAACCGGACACCCGCCGGGGAUCCCUUGACAAGUGUAGAAACAAACCUAGAAGAACUGUUGCGGUUGGUCACCGUGUAUCAAUCCUGCGACGAUGUAACUGGCCCAUCGGGAUUGUACCGUAUCCGGGAUGGAAACAACGAACCCACGUUUUACUACUGUGAGACGGCAAUGUACGGUGGCGGCUGGACGAUGAUACAGCGCCGAACGAAUGGCCAGACCAACUUCACACGCAGCUUCAACGAGUACCGCGAUGGGUUCGGACACCCCGAAAAGGAAUUUUGGAUUGGCUUGACGCGUCUCAAUCGGAUAACGACACCGACCCAGUACGAACUAGCGAUCCUGAUGGAUGCUUUCGAUGGUACUACAGCUACCGUUCGGUACACGAGCUUCAAAGUCGCUGCGGAAACGGAUAGUUUUCGAUUAACUACGCUGAGUGGAUUUAGUGGUACCACCGGGAACUCAAUGAGCACCGCAGUAGGCAAGAAGUUCUCCACGUUCGAUCGGGAUGGUGAUUCGUCGGCCACGGUAAACUGUGCGAGAACAUGGUGGGGAGGUUGGUGGUUUAAUGGGUGCGGUGACAGCAACCUGAACGGAUUGUACAACGGUGCAACGCCUACAGCAACUCCCAGGACGGCAAUGGUGUGGACAUCCUUCAAGGGCGCUUCACAAUCGCUCAAGAGUUCCAUAAUGCUUAUACGCAAGAAGCGAUAAGCGAUAAGAUUUCGAUUGAUCAAAUCAAACACGACUCAACGAUGGAAAUAAAAGGUGGCACAGAUUUUCAAC